AUGGUGGAAGAAGGAGGUGUAGUUGUGAACCAAGGAAGAUAUCAGGAGGCGGUGGCUUUGCCUCCAGGGUUUCGGUUUCAUCCAACUGAUGAAGAGAUCGUAACUCACUACCUUAAAGAGAAGGUCUUCAACAUCCGAUUCACCGCGGCUGCUAUUGGUCAAGCCGACCUUAACAAGAACGAGCCUUGGGAUCUACCAAAAAUUGCAAAGAUGGGAGAGAAAGAGUUCUACUUCUUUUGUCAGAGGGAUCGUAAGUACCCGACCGGGAUGAGGACGAACCGUGCGACCUUGUCCGGUUAUUGGAAGGCGACCGGGAAGGACAAGGAGAUCUUUAGAGGCAAAGGUUGUCUUGUUGGGAUGAAGAAAACUCUUGUUUUCUAUAAAGGAAGAGCUCCAAAAGGUGAAAAGACCAAUUGGGUUAUGCAUGAGUAUCGUCUCGACGGCAUUUAUUCUUAUCGUAAUCUCCCCAAAUCCGCAAGGGAUGAAUGGGUGGUGUGUAGGGUUUUUCACAAAAACGCUCCUACUACUACAACUAGGAACCAACUCUCAAGUAUUGAUUCUCUUGACAACAUUGAUCAUCUAUUAGACUUCUCAUCUCUCCCUCCUCUCAUAGAUCCGGGUUUCUUGGGUCAACCCGGCCCAAGCUUCUCCGGCGCUGGCCAACAACACGACCACAAACCCAUCCUCCACCACCCUACAACUGCACCAAUCGACAACACUUACCUCCCUACCCAAACCCUCAACUACCCUUACGACUCGUUUCCUAAUUCCGGAUCCGGUUCAGCUUACCGAACUGGUUCGAGCUAUAAUGACAAGGGUAUGAUCAAGUUGGAUCAUUCUCUUGUGAGUGUGUCUCAAGAAACCGGUCUAAGCUCUGAUGUGAACACAACCGCGACUCCCGAGAUAUCUUCGUAUCCAAUGAUGAUGAAUUCGCCGGCCAAUGUGGCGAUGGUGGAUGGUAACAAGACGCCGUACGAUGAUCUUGAAGACUUGGGGAUCUUUUGGGACGACUACUAA